ACAAGAUUAUUCCACAAACAUUGGGAGGAGGAUCGCAGUCGUCGCGUAUGUCAGCGACGGCCACGGCAGUUCGUUUGAGUGUCCGGAAUCGUUUCCUGAAAAAAAAAAAAAAAAGAUUCCUUCCCCGAGUCGUUCAUUCCGUGAAAUGCUUCCUCGUUGUGUUAAUGAUGCUUCCCUGGAUUUCACCGGAGCGCUAAAUGCGUCGUCGUCGUCGUUGUGGAUUUUAAAUAGGAAGAGAAAAGAAAAAAAAAGUUGUUGCUGUCGCCGAGGGCGGUCCGAUCUGCCUCGGGCCUUCGCACUCGGUCGUGCUGGCCUCAGGAAAUUGAAACUCACAGAAAUUCCCGGACGCCAAUCCUGUUCCGUAGGAUCUCGGGCAUGCCGGAGUCUGACCCAGCUAUCUUCGGGCAAGAGGGAGGGGUACGCCCUGAACUGGGAUGUGGGAGGAAGGCGGCCUACCCGGACAAAAGCCGCUCAGCCGCAGGGAGACCGUGCAGACUUCAUACAGGCCAGGCCGGAUUUGAACCCGCAACCUCACAUCCGGGAGGCACUGCCAAUGUUGCCAACGUUUCGACAGGAAGUCAAGUCGCACGCGAGCGCCAUGCAGGAGUCGGAGGCCGGCGUGUGCCAGCUGCAGCCCAACGUCAUCUCGGUGCGCCUCUUCAAGAGGAAAGCGGGCGGCCUGGGCUUCCUGGUCAAGCAGAGGGUGUCCAAGCCGCCCGUCAUCGUGUCGGACCUGAUCCGGGGCGGGGCGGCCGAGGAGUGCGGCCUGGUCCAGGUGGGCGACAUCGUGCUGGCCGUCAACAACAAGCCGCUGGUGGAGCUGAGCUACGAGCGCGCCCUGGAGACGCUGAAGAACGUGUCGCCCGAGAGCCACGCCGUGCUCGUCCUGCGCGGGCCCGAGGGCUUCACCACCCACCUGGAGACCACCCUGUCGGCGGACGGACGCCCCCGCACCGUGCGCGUCACCCGGCCCGCCAAAUCCCACGACCGCCGCUCGCCUCGCCCGAGGGCCGUCCAGGACCUCUCGCCCGUCGGCGGCCUCUGCAACGGGCUGGAGGACGACAACGAGCUGCUGAAGGAGAUCGAGCCCGUGCUGCGCCUCAUCAGGAGCGCCAGGAAGGAGACGAACGGCGAGGGCCAGAGGAACUCCGCCCGCAGGGACGCCUGUGAGCUCGGCGUGGGAAACGGAACUUCAGUCCAGCCGCCGUCCGACGGCGGCAGGAGGCGGGACAACAUGCACAACGUUGAUCUUGAGCAGGGCCACGGCACGGGCAAGACGUCGCAGAACGGAAGCCCCUCCAAGUGCCCCCGCUUCCUGAAGAUCAGGAACUGGGAGACCAGAAACGUCCUCAACGACACCCUCCACCACAACGCGGCAAAGUUGCCCACGUGCGGCGAGAACGUGUGCCAGGGUUCCAUCGUGACGCCCAGCGCCCGCAAGCCCGAGGAGGCCCGGACCAAAGAGGAGCUCCUCCGCUUGGCCACCGACUUCAUCGAGCAGUACUACACCUCCAUCAAAAGGUACAGCUCCAAGGCUCACAUGGACCGCCUGGAGGAGGUGACCAAGGAGAUCCAGGCGUCGGGGACGUACCAACUCAAAGACACCGAGCUCAUCUACGGCGCCAAGACCGCCUGGCGGAACGCCGCCCGUUGCGUCGGGAGGAUCCAGUGGUCCAAACUGCAGGUUUUCGACGCACGCGACUGCACAACAGCGCAUGGAAUGUACAACUACAUCUGCAACCACAUCAAGUACGCCACCAACAAGGGCAACCUGAGGUCGGCCAUCACCAUCUUCCCUCAAAGAACGGACGGCAACGGCGACUACCGCGUGUGGAACUCUCAGCUCAUACGCUACGCCGGCUACAAGCAGCCCGACGGCAGCGUCCUGGGAGACGGCGCCAACGUGGAGUUCACGGAGAUUUGCACGCAGCUGGGCUGGAAGGCGCCCAGGGGUCGCUUCGACGUCUUGCCCCUCCUGCUGCAGGCCAACGGCAACGACCCGGAACUCUUUGAGAUCCCCGAAGAACUGGUCCUGGAGGUGCCCAUCACGCACCCCAAGUACGAGUGGUUCAAGGAGCUGGACCUGAAGUGGUACGGCCUGCCCGCGGUCUCCAACAUGCUGAUGGAAGUCGGGGGCCUGGAGUUCACCGGUUGCCCUUUCAGCGGCUGGUACAUGGGCACCGAGAUCGGCGUCAGGGACUUCUGCGACAGCUCCCGCUACAACAUACUGGAGGAUGUCGCUAGCAAGAUGUCGUUGGACACCAGGAAGACUUCUUCUUUGUGGAAAGACAAAGCUCUCGUGGAGAUCAACAUCGCCGUACUGCACAGCUUUCAGGCGUGCAAGGUGACCAUCGUGGACCACCACUCGGCCACCGAGUCCUUCAUGAAGCACAUGGAGAACGAGUACCGGGUGCGCGGCGGUUGCCCCAGCGACUGGGUGUGGAUCGUGCCGCCCAUGUCGGGCAGCAUCACGCCCGUCUUCCACCAGGAGAUGCUCAACUACCGCCUCACGCCCUCCUUCGAGUACCAGGUCGACGCGUGGAACACUCACGUGUGGAAAGGAGUCAACGGGACGCCCACCAAGAAACGAGCCAUCGGCUUCAAGAAACUUGCCAAGGCGGUCAAGUUCUCGGCCAAGCUGAUGGGCGCGGCCAUGGCCAAGCGCGUCAAGGCCACCAUCCUGUUCGCCACGGAGACGGGCAAAUCUCAGGACUAUGCCAAGACGCUGUGUGAGAUCUUCAAGCACGCUUUCGACGCAAAGGUGAUGUCCAUGGACGACUACGAUGUGGUGGACUUGGAGCACGAGACGCUGGUGCUGGUGGUGACCAGCACGUUCGGCAACGGCGACCCACCUGAGAACGGAGAGAAAUUCGGAGCUGCCUUGAUGGAGAUGCGGCACCCGACGUCAAAUACGGAAGACAGAAAGAGCUACAAAGUUCGCUUCAACAGCGUGUCCUCCUAUUCGGACAUCAGGAAGUCGUCCAGCGACGAGCCGGAAGUCAAAGUCAACUUUGAGAGCACCGGGCCCUUCGCCAACGUCAGGUUCUCGGUGUUUGGUCUGGGAUCCAGGGCCUACCCGCACUUCUGCGCCUUUGCCCACGCCGUGGACACCUUGUUCGAGGAGCUCGGGGGGGAGCGCAUCCUCCGGAUGGGGGAGGGCGACGAGUUGUGUGGCCAGGAGGAGUCCUUCAGAACUUGGGCCAAGAAGGUUUUUAAGGCCGCCUGCGACGUUUUCUGCGUGGGCGACGACGUCAACAUCGAGAAGGCAAACGACUCGCUCAUCAGCAACCACCGGAGCUGGAAGAAGAGCAAGUUCCGCUUGACGUACACCGCCGAGGCGCCGGCUCUCACCGACGCACUGUCCACCAUCCACAAGAAGAGGGUUUAUGGAGCAAAAAUGUUGGAAUCGCAAAACCUCCAAAGUCUCAAAUCCAAUCGCUCCACCAUAUUCGUGCGGCUCGACGCCAACAAGCACGACAAGCUGAGCUACUACCCCGGCGACCAUCUUGGCAUUUUCGCGGGCAACCACGAGGACCUGGUGACGGCGCUCAUCGACAAACUGGAGGACGCGCCGCCCGUCAAUCAGAUCGUCAAAGUCGAAUUCCUGGAGGAGAGGAACACGGCGCUAGGCGUCAUCAGCAACUGGACCAACGCCAGUCGCAUCCCGCCCUGCACCAUCGUCCAGGCCUUCCAGUACUUCCUGGACAUCACCACCCCGCCCAGUCCCGUCCUCCUGCAGCAGUUUGCCGCCCUGGCCGCCAACGACAAACACAAGAAGCGGCUCGAGGUGCUCAGUAAGGGUCUGCAGGAGUACGAGGAGUGGAAGUGGUACAACACGCCCACGCUGGUGGAGGUCCUGGAGGAGUUCCCGUCGGUCCAGAUUCCGUCCACGCUGCUGCUCACCCAGCUGCCGCUGCUGCAGCCGCGUUACUACUCCAUCAGCUCGUCGCCCGACGUGCACCCGGGCGAGAUCCACCUCACCGUGGCCGUCGUCUCCUACCGGGCCAAAGACGGCGAAGGACCGGUCCACCACGGCGUCUGCUCGUCGUGGCUCAACAGGAUCGAGAAGGGCGACGCGGUGCCCUGUUUUGUCCGAAGCGCACCUUUAUUCCGGCUUCCCAAAGACCAGCAAGCGCCUUGCAUCCUGGUGGGGCCCGGGACCGGCAUCGCCCCCUUCAGGAGCUUCUGGCAGCAGAGGAUGUUUGACCUCCAGCAAAAAGGUGUGGAGUCCAGGCCCAUGAUCCUGGUGUUCGGAUGUCGCCAGUCUGAGAUGGACCACAUCUACAAGGAGGAGACUGUCCAGGCCAGGAACAAGGAGGUCUUCAAGGAGCUCUACACCGCCUACUCCAGAGAACCCGGAAAACCAAAGAAAUACGUGCAGGACGUCCUCCGCGAGCACUUGUCCGAGCGCGUCUACCGGUGCCUGCGCGAGGAGGGCGGCCACAUGUACGUGUGCGGAGACGUCACCAUGGCCGGAGACGUCCUCAAAACCGUGCAGCAGAUCCUCAAACAGCACGGAAAUAUGAGUCUGGAGGACGCCGGCUUCUUCAUCAGCAAGCUGAGGGACGAGAACCGCUACCACGAGGACAUCUUCGGCGUCACGCUGCGCACUUACGAGGUGACCAACCGGCUGCGCUCGGAAUCCAUCGCCUACAUCGAGGAGAGCAAGAAAGAUCCCGACGAGGUUUUUUGCUCGUAGGCCGUCGCCGCCAGGACGCAGCAGCGCCGGUUCUACAAAACUGUGCCAAUUUUUGUACUGUUCCAAAAAAAAAAUCGCAUCUAUGUGUGUACGUUUUGUUUUUGUGUUUUUAGGCGGCCGAGGUUCUCUUCCACUCGCGCUAACUCGUGUUGACGCCUCAUUGUGAACGCAUGACUCCGAGAGACAAGAAAUAGCCCAUAAUAAUCCCUCAGUGUUGACUGUGCUGCUGACUCGGCUCCGCGUUUGCUUUCCGGCGCUUUGUUCUCCACGUUUGCCGACGUUUUGGCCACGAAAAGAAUUUUGGAGGUGAGCGGCAGCUUCGAUUGGACGUCUGAAAGUUAACAUGACCCGCAAGCGGUCGGGGGGGGGGG